AUGUCAUUCUUUUUUCUACGUUACGGAACUGUUCUGUUAGGGAUGGUCAUUUGUUUUCAUGAAAAUGUUGGACGCAGCUUAUCAACUUCUGUGCCUAGUUCUACUACAAGCAACUUUACUACCCUCGGUCAUAUAUACCAGUCAUCUAAGGACAAUAAUGCUACAAAACGAACUAGUUCAUCCAGUGCUGCCAGUUCUUCAUCUGUUGACAGUAUUACCAUGACAACAACCGACGGAAGAAAUGUUAUGGUUAACACAAACUUGACUACAAACACUGCUGCAACUCCAUCGCCUGAUUCUAACUCUACCCGUAAUAAAAGUAGGAGUAGUUCCGCAAAUACAACUACAGACACAUCAACCUCCAGCUCAACUAUCGUCAAAGCAACCUCUAAAUCUACUACUACAGUCAAACCAACGACAGCACAUUCUAAAGACAAUUUUACUCUAACGACACCUGCUAAUAAAACAACGACGAACGGAAGCGUUAUUGUGGGAAAACAAGCUUACCCUUAUGAUGGGAUUGAGGCAGUUGCUGGUGUGAGUAUUGUGCUUAUAAGUGCCAUUAUCAUACUGAUUGUGGCAUUCCUUGCAAGGUUUGAGAGACACAGAGAAAAAGUGCAACCUGAGAAAGUACAUCAUAAAGAUGAAAAGACUACUUAUACAAGGUCUAGAUCAGAAAUAGGAACACGCAUAUAA